UCACUGAUCCGAUCUAACCGUCAUGCCUCAACCAAUUAAGAAGAGAAAGAGAGGAGAAGUUACGGGAUCUCGCAAAGACCAGGACUACAAAGAUACUAUCCAGCGGAUAAAAGUCCUCGAAUCCGGUUUGGGUGAUAAAUCAAACCUCAACAACCUUGUAGAAAUAUUCGAAAUUGCUCAGGGUUCCCAUGGCGGUCUUACCAGUGCUGCCAUCCAUGCCUUGCACCGAGUAUAUACAACUCUACUGUUGAAGGGAGAGCUGAGGAGAUUGAAGAAGGAGGAAUCAGCGAAGGCAACGGUUAGCAAUUGGCUUCGAGAUAAUUACAAUUCCUACAUCAAGUUCCUUUGCGAACUUCUUCGUCAUGAGGAACCGGGUUUGCAGAAACCUGCUUUGAACAUUUUGAUUACGCUUUUGAAGUCAGAAUCAGAAUUCCAAACAUCGCUACGAAAGAAGCACGCCUUUGCAAACGAUUUUUAUGUUCGUGUUGUGGAUGCUGUUCUUCGCAAUCCAAAUUUCAGUCAACCUUUGCAAGCAGAGCUGCUUGGAAAAUAUCUCAAUGUCUACGACGACCUUCGAUACUAUUUCUUCAAGAAUACGUCUGAUAUUAUUACUUCAGCACUAGAGAGCAAAGAUUCAUCUGAGGCGGAUACACCAAAAAAGAAGAAGGCAAAGAAUAUGUCGAAUGAAAAGUUGAAUAUGUUGAUGCAAAACACAUUCUCGAUACUGGAAGGCAUCAGAACGAUGCCCACGGCUGGUGCGGAGAUCGAUGAGUUUUGGACUGGCCAUCCCGAUCCAGAGUAUGCUGCAAAGGCUAAGGAAGAUCCUGACGCUUUUGCUGACUCUUCGGAUGAAGAAGAGGAGGUCACCAAGGAAGUUGCUGGAAAGAAGGGACCACGCAAGCAUAUGUUGGUGCGCUUGAGCGUGCACAAAAAGGCAUUGCAAACCUGCUGGUUGGCAUUUAUGAAGAUGCCGCUGACAAAUGACCUGUACAAAAAGACCCUUCUCAUCAUGCACAAGCGUAUUAUACCACAUAUGACCGACCCUCGACUUCUCAUGGACUUUUUGACUGAUUCGUAUAACGCUGGUGGAGCAACCGCCUUGUUGGCUCUUAACAGUUUGUUCACAUUGAUUGUUGACUAUAACUUGGAUUAUCCUGAAUUCUACCACAAACUGUACCGUCUUCUCGAUGCAAACGUUUUGCAUCUUAAAUAUCGGUCGAGAUUCUUCCGUCUUUUGGACCUUUUCCUUUCUUCAUCCCACCUACCCGCAUCUCUUAUCGCUGCUUUCAUCAAGCGCAUGGCUCGCUUGUCACUGACUGCCCCUCCAGCUGGAAGUGUCAUUCUGAUUGCCAUGAUUUACAACUUGUUGAAGCGCCAUCCUUCUUGCAUGGCAUUGAUUCAUCGUGAUGAAGCUGCCGACGCGGAAACUGAUGUAUUCGAUGAAAGCAACCCUGAUCCAUAUACAUGUAAUGCGCUGAACUCGUCAUUGUGGGAACUUCAGACUUUGGCCGAGCACUACUACCCCAACGUAGCCACAUUGGCCAAAAUCUUCACUGAACAGUUUACAAAGCCAAGCUACAAUUUGGAGGAUUUCCUAGAUCACACAUAUGGAACGUUCUUGGAUAAGGAGCUAACACGUAAGCGCAAGAAGGAUCCUGCGUUGGCUUUUGAGAAGCCCACCGAGCUAUUCCCUUCAUUAGUAAAGGUUGGAGCCACAGAUGAGGACGACGAGACUGCAAACGACGAUUUAGAAGAUCCUAGUGCUGUGAAAUGGUCCCUCUGGGCAUUUUAACCGAGCACUCUUUCUUAAAUCAAAUUCAUUUCCCAAUCACUUUUUGCAUAUAGACUCAAAAAUUUGGCAACGCAACACCUUUCACUCAAUAAAUCGAC